GAGAAAAUGACAACACCAAACAAGACACCUCCUGGAGCUGACCCGAAGCAGUUGGAAAGGACUGGAACAGUGCGGGAAAUUGGGUCACAAGCUGUUUGGUCACUUUCAUCUUGCAAACCAGUUUUCAGAAGAAAAACAACAGUGAAGACAUUAUGCAUUUAUGCAGACUACAAAUCUGAUGAAAGCUAUACACCAAGCAAGAUCUCCGUCAGAGUAGGAAAUAAUUUUCACAACCUUCAAGAAAUUCGGAAUCAGACCACACCCCCAGGAACUUCCCUUACAUGUGACAUGAGUGAGGCUGUUGCAUCCUAUCCUAAUCCCUUUAUAACUGAUGGGCCGUUCAUGUCAGAUCACAUCAUGGGAGAUAAUUACGUCAUUGCAUAA